AUGGCCGCCGCCAUAAAGAAGGUGAACAUGAUCACCCAAAUCGUACGGCUGAGGCAGGUCGUGCAGCGCUGGAAGACAAAGAGCCUCUCGCGCCGCUCCCCUUCCUCCUCCUCCUCCGAUUCCGGCGGAAGCCCUAAGUGCCGCACCCCCUCCGGCUCCCUCGCCGUCUACAUCGGACCGGAGCGCUGCCGCUUCGUCAUUCCGACUCGCUUCCUCAAUUUCCCGGUCUUCGUCGCCCUCCUCGACCAGGCGGAGGAGGAAUUCGGCUUCCAAACCGCCGGCGGCCUCGUUCUCCUCUGCGAGCCCGCUUUUUUCUCCCAAAUCCUCCGCCUCCUCGACGACGACGAGGAGCGCUUCCGCGGCCUCAGCCUCGACGAUUUCAUCAACAUUGUCGCUGAGGUCAGCUCCGACAGCUUGUCCUGCAAAGAAUCGUCGUCCUCCUACGGCUUCGCGCCGCUGCUGCACAAAACUAGGGUUUGA